AUGAACGCGCUCCGAAGAUUGGCACAGUAUGCACAAGCAAUGAACCGUGUCAUUCUAACACAUUCGACAUUGCUAACUGCUCUAAAGGAUCAUCUACCAUCCAACAAGCAGCGACAGACAAUAGUUGAUGGUCUACUAUAUGCGUACCAGCUAGAUCAAGAAUGCGAAAUAUUGCCAAUCGCACCAAUGGAAUGGGCAUUGUUGGAACAAUAUCAUGACGCUGACUUUAUACAGGAGUUGACGCGACCCAGAGACGUGAUUGACCAACAACUGGAGAACUACAAAACUAUGCAAGAAUGUAUAAAUGACGAGUUUGAAGAAUUGGACGAUGACGAACAAGAAUUAAGCAGCAGUGUCCAAGAUGAAAAAUUCGGACUAUCGUUCGAUUGCUAUCCAUUCCCGUUUAUGCGUUACUACGUAAACCUCACCGCCGCUUCAACGAUACAAUUAGCAAGGAGACUCGUCAACAGCACAAAUGAGACCGAGUCACGUAGGACAAUUGGCAUAAAUUGGUAUGGUGGCAGACACCAUUGUCAUCGUUCCAGAUGUUCUGGAUUUUGUUACGUAAACGACGUCGUGCUUGGAAUAACCACAAUUCGCAAGAUGUGCUCGGGAGGUGUAUUCUACUUGGAUUUGGACUUGCAUAAUGGUGAUGGCGUGGCGGAAGCUUUCAAGUUUUCAAAAAAAGUUUCAACUUGUUCUGUGCAUAGACAUGAUGUGGGGUUUUUCCCCGUGGGCACGGGUAGGUUAGAUGUGUCCGUUGCCGGUAUGUACAAUGUUCCCACUAGACGAGGAUUGACUGAUGAGGAUAUGCUUUGGAUUAUUGAGAAUAUUGUAUUGAAGUUGAUUGAGAAGCAUCAACCAGACUAUUUGGUUGUCCAGUUGGGAUGUGAUGGACUUGCUUUGGACCCAAACAAUGAGUGGAAUAUGACGAUUCAAGGUUAUCUGAGUGUGAUGCGACUCUUGCUUGGGAAUGUUGGUUUGCCAAUAAUGGUGCUUGGCGGCGGUGGAUACAACCAUACAGAGGUUGCUAAAUGUUGGACUUUUGUAACUGGCACGUUAUUGGGUUAUGGGGUUGACAAAUUUGACGAGAUUCCUGAACAUCGACAACUUGAUCACUACGAAAGUGAUGGAUUUAUGUUCUGGACAGAUUCUAAUCUACAUCCACGCAAAAUGAGGAAUGGAAAUGAUUUAGAGUAUUUACAGCAUUUAAAGUCACAUUUGCUAUCUCUAUAA